AUGGCAUCCAACACCAACCCCGGAAACUUCGCCAACCGCCCUCACGAGGAGGUAGAGAACAUCGCCAAACAAGGUGGUCGAUCCAGCCACGAAGGCGGAUUUCAUCAUAUGGAUCCGAACAAACAGAGAGACAUUGCCUCCAAGGGCGGCCAAGCUUCAAGUGGCAGCUUUGAGCCCGGAGACCCCAGAGCCCGGGCAGCCGGCCAGAAGGGCGGCUCAGCUCGUGGAAUGCCAGAGGAGUAG